CUAUAGACCGUCCCUGGCUAGAUCUUCUGCGGGUCUCACUUCGGUUUCUCUGCCGCCGGCCACGACAUCUAGUCCUUUGGGUUGCGCCUCUUGCGACGCCCGUGAACUGGGGAACUCGAACAGAACUUUUUCAUGACUGGAUAUGCCCGACAGCGCCUACGCCCUACAAGACCGUCGAUAAUGCAAUUUGACCACUGUCCGGGCCUUUAAUAUCGCCUUACGAAAGAGAUCAACAUGGUGAAAGCGGAUGUCCGAAGGGACUACUAUGCAGACCUGGGUUUGCAGCCUAGUGCGGAGGCGGAGGACAUCAAAAAGCAGUUCAGGAGAUUGGCUCUCAAAUACCAUCCCGAUAGAAACCAAGGGCGUGAACAAGAAGUUAUCGCCAAGUUCCAGGCCAUUCAAGCGGCGCAUGAGAUCCUCAGUGACUCGCAACAACGGUUGAAAUACGAUACAGAGCGCCUACGUGCAGGAUAUGGCAAGGUCUAUGGCCCUUCCAAGACUGCCCCGCGCAAGACCCAACCGAGUUACUCCCAGAACUACUCUACGGCUACUCCUCCCAAAACACAAGGUUCGCACCAGCCCGCCUCCAAGAGCCCUUCCCCAAGUUCAACCCCCUUAAACGAAUCCUCUCCCUCUACCUUGAAUGCCAAGAUCCCUAACAACCCCAAAGCUCCGAAACCUUUCCCAACAAGUCGACCGCAAGGGACGUCGAAUGGACCCUCAGCCGGCGCUUCACGAUACGCGACUCAUGCGCGAGCGGGACCACAACAAAGGCAACAGGAUGAGUCUCAGACGAGAGCGGAUGCAUUCAAGGGCUUCCACAACAUGAGGGGUCAGAAUUGGCGAGGAUUUGAUCCUACAUCAGGUGCUACCCCACGGCAACAGAACACUCCUUUUGGUAAUCCGAAGCCCAAAUCCGCGUAUGAGUACUUCAAAGAAAAUGCCCAGGCCAAGAAUUCCGCAAAUACGAAUACCAAUUCACCCAAGAAGAGACACGGGUAUGCGCCGGGAACCGCUGGUGGAGAUGAGCCCAUGGCUCCGAAUACUAGUGCUUAUACCAGCACUCGAAGCGAACGGCCAAGUUCCAUGUACUUUGAUUCUGCGCCGCCGCCAACAGCCAAGAAAUCAACGAGACCCGUGUCUCCAAUUUGGCAUUCAGAAUCAGCAGAGCCCCCGUCUCCGCCAUUAGCACAAGAGUUCGAGCGCACUAGCCGGAGUUAUGCCACAACAGGAGGUGAGAAGACAUUUUUCGGAAACCCUGGUCUAGGCCGAUCAUCGACCAUGCGCACACCCACAUCGUCGUACCGUGCAUCAAAUACCCGCACCAACCCGCCGAGCCCUGACCCUGCUCAACCGGAGAGACAUCGCAGCGCCAGCCCCAAGACCAGACGAGACCGAUCUUAUUCAUUUUCUUCAACCACCUCAAGUGACUUCGAUGACGAGACUGAAGAAGAAGUGCGUCAACCCAGCGCCUUCAAACCCAUGGCUGUACCCAAGAGUCGUCUCCGUCCCAAUCAAAAGUUUGCCGAUUUCUAUCGAACGAGAGAGUCUAGCCCCGGAACUGGUGAGGAAGCCUCUACCCGGCCAGACACCCAAGGCCAUCGACAUUCGUCAGCUACGCACGGGACCAGGAAGCCUCGAGCGGCCCCAACCUAUAUUGACUUGACCGCUGACAGCGACGAUAAUCAAGGCCACAACUCGGACAGCGCUGCAUUUGCGAAAGGAUCAUAUCGGCGUGAGCAGCAGGACUCCAAUUCCAGUACCAAUUCCACUCGGGAUAAGACAAAUCCUGCUGCAUCCGCUCGCCAUGAUGCUAGUAAUCUCCAUAAAAAGUUCUCUGCGGAAGAUUGGCGAGUGCAUCUUGAUGAAUUCGACUUUCUCGGUGCCUCUACGAAAGAUCGGGAUCCUCUUGGCAAAGCAGCAUCAGCGAACCCAAUUGCCCGACCACGGGCUAGCACUCGCGUUAGCCCAACACAGUCAUCAACCUCGGCGGGCUUCUCUAACCUGAACGCGUUCAACCCUGCUUCUAGGGCGGGUUCUUUUGAACCACAGUCACAGCAAGGGCCCACACCUUUUGCGCAGGCCAAGUUCUCCGCGGAUAAGUGGUCCAAAGAUCUUCACAAUAUAUCCUGGACGGCUGCGGAGAAGUUGGGACAGCCAGACAGUGCAUCUUCAUCCCGAAGCCCUAAGAAGCCGCCACGGCCAAGUACUAAGGUCCGCAGCACACCGAAGGCUGCCAAGGUGGCGAGCGAAGCUGAGGAGGCUGUGGAUACAGUUGGCGCGGAUAGUGUUCAUGAGCACAGCUCAUCUGUUCCAGUGGGCGAAGAGCCAAUGGACAUUGACGAGGAAUUACCAUCCGUACCCAUUGGUAGCGCUAGAACUGCCAAAUAUCCCGAUUUAUCCGCGCACGGUGCACAAGGGGCUCAUACUGUGGGAUCACAGAGACCCCAACCGCCUCCACAAAAGGAGCGUAUCUCAUCUCAAAAUGGUGUUCGCUCCCCACUCUUUGAUCUCGGUCAAUUCGGCAAUACAGCACCUUUUACCAGCACCAACAGCGGCGGCAUUGAGAAUUUGGGAGAUGUCUCUGCUACGUUACCGUUCGAGUCAAGAGCAAAAUCCCAUAUCACCACCAAGGACGAUAUUCGACCCCGGGAUCUCCAAUUACCAAACCCUCCCAGACGACCCACGGCACCAGCCCCAAUCCCCAUUGCGCCGGGAUCACAUAGGACAGUUCUUUCUCGCGAUAAAUGGAACUGGUAUGUAUCCGCCAUGGGCACCUACAUGCACGAGUGGAAUACCUUCAACCGCCGCAUGCUUCUCCACUUCAAUACCCGCCAGGAUGCCAUCGAGACUGGCCUUGCACCCGGUUGGAUCAGUGCCGUUGGUGAUACGACACGACUGAAGAUGAACGGUGUUGAUGACGAUGGGAGUGGCGGCCAGAACGGGGCUCGUGACGAUCUCGGGUUGACUGAGAUCGACGAGUACCUUGUGCCGGGCAGCGGCAAAGGUGGUUUCAGUGCUUAUCUGCGUGGCAUUGAGGAAGAUGCUACGGUGCGUAAACACUGGGAGGUAGCGUGUGAGCUACAUCGUGAUUGUAUCUUGGAGCUUGGGCGGUUACGUGAAUGGAUUCGCAACGGGGGAAAGGUGGCAUGAUGGAGGAAAUCAGUUCCUUCCAGUUGCUUGGCUCUUUUUUUCCUUCUCUUCUCUUCUCUUCUCUUUUAUUUCGAUACGAGAAACGAUUUACGGACGAAGCUGGCGUUGGAUGCGUAUUGCAUCGGUAGAGAGGAGGUCUUGGGUGGGCGUUCAUCUGUUGCUGCUCUCUUUGCUGUCUGCAUCAGGGGGUUAUGGUGUCUUUUUUUUGGUGAAAUACCCUGUAGGUGAAAUGCAUCUGAUAGAUAUAAUCUGGGCUCCAUUUCCCCAAUUGUUCUACUGUAGAUUCACACUUUUGAAG